GAUCAGGUCAGUUUUGAAGACAGACACCAGAUGCCAUAUGUGCAGGCUGUUAUUCAUGAGGUCCAGAGAGUGGCUGACACUGCUCCUCUCAGUCUUUUCCAUUGCACCACUAAAGACACAGAGCUCAUGGGAUACUCCAUACCCAGGGGAACUGUUAUCAUCCCCAACCUGUCCUCAGUGUUGUUUGAAGAGGGACAGUGGAAAUCCCCCCAUGUCUUUGACCCUGAAAACUUCCUCAAUGAGAAGCAAGAGUUUGUGAAACCAGAGGCGUUCAUGCCUUUCUCUACAGGUCAACGGAUGUGUCUUGGAGAGGGUCUGGCUCGUAUGGAAUAUAUAUAUUGCUCCUGGAGCUAA